AUGCUGACGAUAGCAACCGGCUGCUCUCAGGAAGUUAUACCAAUAUGGGUUCACUUGGUUAUUUUUGUACUCCGUAUAUGGUUUAUUGUGUACGACUGCAUAACUUACAUACCUUAUGAAAUACUGGAUUCGCCUACUGUCAAAUUAAGAAAGAGUGAAAAAAUACGGGCUAAACCCGUGAAGGAUAAGAGCACACCAUGGCGGAACAUAGAUGGUCCUAUUACUGAAGAUUUUCCAGGGAAAGAUACCGUAGACAAACUAUUCACCCAUGUUACCAAGUUAUUCGGAAACAAACCAGCUUUGGGUACUCGAGAACUGCUGCAAGUGCAAGAAGAAAUGCAACCGGAUGGACGGAUUUUUGAAAAAUGGGUUAUGGGCCGUUACAAGUGGCUAAGUUAUGCUGAAGUUCGUGAGCAAAUAGGUCGGAUCGCUUCAGGAAUAAAAGACUUCAAGGAAAAUAAUAGUCGCGCAGUAAUUUUUGCUGAGACUAGGGCUGAUUGGCUUAUCACUGUAUUAUCACUCUUUCGGAUCAAUGUACCAGUAGUGACAGUUUAUUCAAGUCUUGGAAAAGAGGCAAUUAUUCGGGCAAUUAUCGAAACAGAAGCUACAAUACUGAUAACAUCAGCAGAAUUGAUAUCAAAAGUAACAAAAAUUGGCAAAAAAUGUCCAACACUGCGCUCCUUAAUCUAUUUCCCUCCAGUACAUCCAUCUAAAAGACUGAUAAAUUUGAAUAUCUUACGCGAAGAGUUUAACAUAGUUGUGUCGCUGGAUGAUUUAGCAAAACAUGAAAAUAAUGUUCCAGAAGAAUCGCCAGCAAAACGAAACGACUUAGCUAUGAUAAUGUACACGAGUGGUACUACAGCGGCUGCAAAAGGAGUAAUGCUUACACAUUACAAUAUAGUGUCAGCAAUUGCUGGAUUAGGAUCAGGAGUGGCAAUUAUGAGUGAAACCGAUACGUAUAUUGGAUAUUUACCGCUAGCUCAUAUUCUAGAAUUUUGCGCGGAAAUGACCUCUUUGGCCAGCUACAUUUUAUUUAUCCGAGGUUGUCGUAUUGGUUACUCAAGUCCAUUUACACUUCAUGAUCGUAGCGCAAAGAUUAAAGAAGGCACUCGGGGAGACUGCCGCGCAUUAAAACCCACACUUUUGGCAGCAGUUCCUACAAUAAUGGAUAGAAUAUAUAAGGCAGUAAGCGAUGAACUUGCUGUAAGCUCGCCUCUUAAACGAGAAAUUUUUCAAUUGAUAUACGAACGAAAGCAUUUACGAUAUCAACAAGGAUAUGCAAGUCCAUUUUCGGACAGAAUUGUAUUCAAGAAGAUUCGGCGUUUUCUAGGGGGAAAAUUACGAGGUGUACUAUGUGGUGGAGCAGCGCUAAAUCCAGAAACGCAGCGCUUUAUGAAUAUUUGCAUGUGUUGUCCAGUUGUACAGGGAUAUGGUUUGACGGAAACAUGCGCGGCCGUUUGUGUAGCUGAUGUCAACGAUUUAAGUACCGGAACUGUGGGACCACCUCUUCGCUGCUCACAGAUAAUUCUCAGAGACUGGAAGGAAGGAGGGUAUUCGCCAUUUAACGAUCCACCUCAAGGUGAAAUACUUAUCUCUGGUGCAAAUAUAUCUCCUGGAUAUUGGAAACAACCGGAAAAAACAGCUGAAGAUUUUAUCAUUAUUGACGGGAUACGAUAUUUUGCAAGUGGAGAUAUAGGAGAAAUUCGUAAAGAUGGAUCAUUAUGUAUUAUUGAUCGAAAAAAAGAUUUGAUAAAACUUCAGCAUGGUGAAUAUGUAUCAUUAAGUAAGAUAGAAACUGCUCUCUUGAACUGCUCAUUAAUUGAUAAUAUUUGCUGCUAUGGAAAUCCAUUAGCAUCAUAUUUAGUAGCGCUUGUAGUACCGAACAGAAAUCAUCUCGCAAAAUUGGCUAGCGAUCUUGAAAUAAGCAGAUUAGCUUGGCCUCAGCUAUGCCAAAAUAGCAAAGUGAUUCGAGCAUUUUAUAGGGCCGUAGAAGAACACGCCGUCAGAAAUCAUUUGUUAAAAAACGAGUUACCAAAAAAAAUUCAUCUAUGUGAUGAAGUAUGGACAUCUGAAAACGGUUUACUUACUGAAGCACUGAAAAUAAAACGUCGUCCAAUCCAAGAAAAAUAUGAGAAAGUAAUCGCAGAGCUUUACAGUGAUGACAUAGUGAUAAGUGAUGUUAACAACGUAUAA